AUCACAUGGACUUCGAACAUUUCUAGCUGCCCGUGAGAGAACAACUUUCUUGGUUUUACUCAAUGCAAAGCAGCUAUGCAAGGACUCUGUAAUUUGCAAAUCCACAUCAACGGUGAACAAACAUUCUUUCUGGAUGGGAAGAUUAUCUCAAAAUACUCGGGAAGAUUAAAGAAAAGUAUCAAGCAAGAAAAGAGAAGAGCUGAGAUCAAAAAAUCCGGUAUUGAAAUCGAUGACUUCCCGGGAGGUGCAUACGGGUUUGAGCUGGUUUCUAGAUUCUGUUAUAACAAUGGCGGAAUCUCAAUCACAGUUUCAAAUGUGUCUCUUCUCCACUGUUGUGCAGUCUUUCUUGGCAUGACCGAGAAGAUUUCAACCAAGAAUCUCUUCCAACAAACAGAGAACUUUCUGGAGCGAAUUUUAUACUGGUCAUGGAGUGAUAUACUUGUAUGCUUAAAGAACUGUGAUUCAUGCUUUUCACAUGCAGAUUCAUCUGGUCUUCUGCAAAGGCUCAUACAUGCACUGUUAGCAAAGAUUGCUCAAAAUUUAGAUAUAAACAUCAUAACUUCCUCUUCUUCUUGUUCUUCAUCUUCUCCUGAAACUGCAUCUGGGUUUAGAUUUUCUUACUCCUCCAAAGCCACCCCUGAUUCAGUCAAGCAAUCUUCACCAUGCAAAGCGUGGUGGUUUGAUGAUUUAGCCAAUUUUCCCCCAAAUAUCAUUGAAAGAGUCAUUCAAAGUAUGGGGUUUUAUGGGACUGAUAACAACAGUUUAUUGCUCACAAAAUUUCUUCUCCAUUACCUGAAGACUGCAACUCAAAGAAACGCUAACUACAAUACAUAUUCAAGGUUAGACUAUGGUGGACUUGCAGACACAGUUAUUCAUGGAGUUAUUAUGGUGGGAAAAAUUGCUUUUUCCUGCAGAGGGUUGCUUUGGGUAUUAAGGGUUGUCUCUGGUUUUGGUCUGAAGAAAGAUUACAGAGUUGAGUUGGAGAAAAUGAUUGGGAAUACGCUUGACCAAGCAACAUUAGAUGACUUGCUGAUCUCUGGCAAUGAAAGGGGUGUUUAUGAUGUUAAUCUAGUGUUAAGAUUGAUUAAGGUAUUUGUUAAUAGCGAUGAAAUGUCUCUACGCAGAAUGAAGAAAGUUGGAAGAUUGAUCGAUAAGUAUUUGGGUGAGAUAUCCCCAGAUCAGAACCUUAAGAUCUCUAAGUUUCUUGGAGUAGCAGAGAGUUUGCCAGAUUGUGCCAGGGACAGCUUUGAUGGAGUCUACAGAGCCAUUGAUAUCUAUAUUGAGUCUCACCGCGGCCUUUCAUUUGAGGAACGAUCAAGUUUAUGUAGAUGCCUCAACUAUGAGAAGCUCAGCCUCGAAGUAUGCAAAGAGCUUGCAAAGAAUCCUAAAAUCCCUCCCAGGAUCGCUGUACAAGCGCUUAUAUCUCAAAAAUCCAAAACCCCAACAAAAGAUCAGUUGGUAUAUAUGAAUCCAAGCACAAACAGUUGCAGUUCGCAUCAGAUGGUUUUGAAAAAAGACAUUAACCUACACAUCUUUUCAAAAGAAGAUAAAGAUCAUAUGACACUAAGCCUACAACGGAUGCAACGGAGGGCGGUGGAGUUGGAGAAAACAUGUAUGGUGAUGAAGGGUCAGAUGUCCAAGAUGGUUAGGCAUAAUAGGGAUUUUCCAAGACUCUGUUGAAUGCCUCUUCCUUUCACUCUUACAUGCAUGGUCCUUGAAUAUAUGUGCAUGCAUGAAGAUGUGUUUCAGUUGUAACAAGUUUUGAUUAAUUUACCCUAUGAUCAUUUUGUGAUUUAGAACGUGUAAAGGUCUUUGUAUGGUCCACUUUAUAUGUCAUCAUGUAUCGUUUAAUUGA